UGUACGUUGAGCAGCACUGUGCUAGUAAUUGCUUUUGUAAAAUUUGACUGUUUGACGAGUGCUGCAAAACCACCACUGGUACAGGCGGUAGCUCACCUCCCACUAACCUUUUGUUCUAAUCUACUGUUAGAUCUAGUGGAGUAGAUCUACUGGUGAGAAUGUUAGAUUCGGCGACAGCUUGCGUGUGCUGCAAGGAGGAGCGGCCCGAGUCCGGACGGUUGCUGGACUGUCUGCAUGUCCUCUGCGAGAGUUGUUUGCGCGACCAGAUCAAUCCCUUGACUGGUGGUAUCUGCUGUAUGCUGUGUGGAAGGAACACCGUCACUGAGUCAAUACAGAGCCAAGCUGCGGAUGAGAGCAUCACUCGGAUGCCCCUUGGUGGACAUCAGCGGCUUGUGAAAGCGGCUGGUCUCCUGUACCUUAGCCAAAGUCCUGAGGCGUCGGGUGCUACUGCACUGGGGCCAGCUGUGGUAGCUGGCGACCGAGAAGGAGGUGGGUUGAAGUGCAGCAUUCAUGGCGGCCAACUUCUUUCAUUGUACUGCAAGACGUGCGAUCGACUGGCCUGUGGCAUGUGUGCCUCGUCGCAUCUUGAACAUGGUCACGUGGUGGCGUCCACGAGGGAAGUGUGCAGAGAAAUGCGAUGCUCUGUGGAAGAGCUGUUGGAGAGUGUGUCUUCCAUUGCCGGCUUGUCGGAUGUUAAACUGCUCGACCUUCGCCUCAUGAACUUGACCACUGCCACUGAGCAAGUAAAUCAGCAAGCGGAAGAAGCGUCUGAGAAAGUGAAGGAGUAUUUCAAGGAGUUACGAUCUAUGUUGGAUGAAGAAGAGCAACGUUUAUACUCAGAGAUAGAUCAGCAUCGCUGGACAACGCAACAGCACCUUGAGGAGGAACAGCAGCGUAUUCAUAACAAGCGCAACACGCUAAGCAGCAUACAGGCCAUUGGUGAGAAACUGACGCAAUCUCUGCCCCAGCCAUCCAAGGCAAUCACGCCGUCGGACAUUCAAGUCAUGCUGCUGCAUGGCAGUCUAGCUGAAGCAGCUACUACUUUGUCGCCCGAGGACCUUAACAUGCCCGUAGCACAGUUGGCCGGCAAGUUGGGUGUUACAAUAGCUGAGAAGAGCACGGAUGGUAUUCGUGCGACUCUGAAAGCCGAUGCAUGGGUAUUCCACACAGUAGUGGAUGUCAUGCAGUCACGGAUCAAGAAUUUGGGGAAACAGCCGGGAUCUGAAAAUUUUAACCGCAAACUCAGGCUCACCCUACGUGAUCAUGCUGGUAGUGUCUUGCACACAAAACAGGUGCCGGAGGAUUUUGAAGCCUCCAUGAUGUUCCCAACGGGAGAUCUCCAAAGGCUACGCUUGUCAGCUGAUGAUGCUAAAGUAGGUGUGUGGGAGAGUGACCUCUUUCUGACGGAGCCAGGUGGAUACCCUGUUCAUUUGUCCACUCCUGAAGGGAGUCGCUAUCCCUGGAUGUCUAGGACCACUAAGCUUGUUUUCACAGACCCUUUAACACUGCAAUCCUUGACUACACCUGGACAUGAUCAUGCGCACGUCCCAUUCGCUGAAGUUGCGGGCAAUAACGCUGCAGCGGUGUCUAAGCAUGCGUUCACUGAAGGCAGGAACUGCUGGAGUGCUCGAGUAAAGUGGAAGACGCAGCACAACAUCUUCAUGGGCGUGACGUCAUCAAUAGCUGCUUCUGCUGAUGGUGCAGCGUCAGGAAACUCCAAGUCCAGCAGUAUAGCCUAUGGUUGGUGGUCAGCCAAUACUGUUCGUCAUGGUCACGUUGACCAGCGCACUGCAGAUUUCAAGGAGCUGAAGAGCGGGGACAAGAUCGUUAUCACCCUGGACUUACAGCGCAAGAGGCUGGAGCUGCUGACCGCUGGUAUGAAGAAGUGCGAAGUCCUGGACAUGUCUGCUGAUUGCGCAACACCAGGGCGUGCAUGGCAUCCUGUGUUUUGCCUCAGCAAUGAAGGCGAGAGCAUUGAUUUUAAAUGAAGGGGUAAGCAGAAGCAUUCAGCCCUGUACAGAUUUUUCAUCAACCAACACACCAUGACUGCGCUCUCCAGUCGACCUCGACACGACACUGCCGCAGUACAUCACCAGCAAAGCGACACUUUCGUUGGUACUGAAUCCCUUCAUACAACUGUUUCAACUAUAUAAGUCUCUUUACUGAAUGUAGAUGCUAGAUGCUCUGUGAAGAAAUCAUUCCUGUGCUGACAACACCAAUGCCAAGAGGCCAGAAAUAACAUUUAUUUUUAAACCAUAAAUGCAGUAUACAUCUUACCAGUCUGGACUUCCUUCAGUGUAUGCACAAUGACAUCAACAAUUAACAAAAUGUUCGUUGGAAACAUUAAUACCCACUCCAUGGAUAUCCAUUUUCUCUAUUUUCAGAAAUAUGUACACUAGUCCAAUUUCUGUGUUCUGCUGUUUCUCUAUUGUCAUUCCAGUUUCGAUUUCAUAUUUCUUCACGUUUAUGUGGUUGGAGAAUACUAUUGUUACUAUUGGAUUUACAUGUAUGUAUCUCAAGCUGUCAGAAGAUGUAGAGAAAACAUAAUAAUUCUCAGUCCUCCAUCUUGCAAACUGAGAAUGCUUUAUUCAAUACCAUAGCUAAUUGGAUAUGCUGCUUGCAAGUGUUUUUUUUUGUCAUGCAGAUUCCCCAUUGAACUGUUCAUUUUGAGACAUAUUUGCUAUCCAGGAAUGACGGAGCGCAGUUCAGAGAUUCAAUAUCCAUGAAGUCAG